AUUUUUGACAAUGACAUUUGUGUGUUUUGAUUAUUAGUUCUUAGAAUAUAAAUGUUUUGAUCAGUUUUGGUUCAUGGGUAUAAGUAAUGGUUAAGAGAAAUACCUAUAUUUAUAAAUUAUUGUUUUUUUUUAAUUAGGUCUCCAUUAACCUAACCUAACAUCAUUAUACAACUACUCGAUGAAAUUUGUUUAUAAAUAAUGGAAUUAGCUAAGGAAAAAGUACAAACAAAGAAGAAGAAGAAAAAUAAAGAAAAAAAUGAAAAUUCUCAGCAUAAUUUUAAAACUGAACAGGAUUUCUAUGAAGCCUUGUCUACUAGUAAAGUAGAAGAAAUUCCUGUUAUUGAAUGUACUACAUCAUCUUUGGAAGAAAUGAAACAACCUGAAGUCAAUAAUGAUACAGUUUUUAGUACCCAGAAAGAUGUUAAUGUCCAAAACAUUGUUAAACAGACACAAGAAUUUCUAAAUAUUAAUACAGAAGAUUCAAAGUGUGGAAAAACUAAUAAAGAAACUCCAUAUUUGGAUUUAUCCAAUGACAUUGAAAAUUCAGAAUUACAAAAGAUAUUAAGUGAAAAUAAAAAAAUAGCUAGUGAUAUAAAAUUGACAGAAACAAAACUAGUGGAUAGUUACAGUCCUAUAUCUAAGAUCAAAUCAGAUGAAGCAACAAUUCAUGCAGAAAUAAAACCAUAUACAGAAUCUCAAUUGAGUGCUCUUUAUUAUAACCGUGAAUUGGAAAUACUAGACGAUUUCAUUAAUCAAUUUGUCAGUGCAGAAUUAAAAGGUUCAGCUAUGAAACAGCAUCCACUUUAUGAAUUACUAAUUAACUAUUUGAGAGUUCAAGAAAAAAUCACUGGAAAUACUUUAGAGCUAGAACAAAUUAGAAGAGAAUAUAAGUCACUACAAAAUGAACUUUGGACAAUUGAAUCAGCAACUGUGAUGCGUAAAGGUGAAUGCCAAGAUGGCAAUACAGUAUCUGCAUCACAUACUUAUAAUAAAAGUAUAUUCCACAGAUCUGUUUUUCAGAGUAUAGUAAGAAUUCUAGGUAAUGUUCAAGACUUAACCUAUGAAAACCAUACUCUUUAUUCAUAUUCGGCAGAAGAUUUGAGACUACAGAUAGAAUUGUAUCUUCAAGGUGUUCUAUUAAAUUGUAUAAAUAUUAUGCAACUUCCUAGAACAGCACCAGUAGCACUGACAGUUCAAGAAGAACCAGCACAUUUAAAACCUUAUUUUGGUGAAUUAAGAAUUUGCAUAUCAAUAUUAUUUUCAUUUCAAAGGAAAUUGAUAAGAGAAUUACAAUUCCUUAAUGAAACAAGGUUAUGGUUGUCUCAAUUAGUAGCUGUUCUUUUGAGAGUAGCCACAUAUCAAGAUCACCUUUUUAUAUUAAACCAUGUGCUAAGAUGUCCUGCUGGAGUUGGACAAUGGGCAUCUUCAUUUAUUCAAAGUCCAGUAGAAAUUAACAGUUGUAACUCUCCAUUUGCAAAUUUUCAAAUAAACCACGUUCUCACUAUACUCGCGGCCGUUUUGACGCCAGUUCACAGCAGGGAAACUUUUCUGGAAGAUCUGACUCAUAAAAAUGAAACGGCAGCUGAAGCUUAUUGGGUAAUGGUAGAUUCUGAUGGGGAAGAAGAUGAUGAUUCUCCUAUACAGCAGCUUAAAGAAAACGAUCUAGUGGCAUUGCUAAAUCAACUGCCUUUAGAUGAUUUAUUCAGGAAUAUAUUGAUUAUAAGACAAAAAAAUCUCAAGGAUACUUAUGACUCAGAAGCUAUAACGGAAAACCAUAUUUUAAGGUAUCUUGCUUUUUCUACAGUUGUAUUAAGAAUAUUACACAAAGGUAUUCAAACUUACGAUCAACCUAGAUACAACCAAUUUUCUAAAAGAUUGAGUAGGUUCAUCCGUCAUGUUGUGCAAUAUGCCACAGAUCAGUGGGAACAGUUUUUAAAGGUUCAACGAAUAGAUGAUCAAGCCAUGUUGGAACGUCUUCAAGUAGAAUACGAUUCUUUCUUCCUUCGUGCCAUAUACUAUCUCUACUCUUCCCAAAAAUUAGGUGCAUGGCAAUUUUUAGCAGUUAUCCCAUACAACAUGGUAUCUUUGAAAACAUUAUGGAAAAUAUUUUAUUUUUUGCAUACAGUUGAUACACAAGCUAAAGAUAUUUUAAAUCCACUCAUUAUUGAUAAUUAUAAUGAGAAAAUAUGGGAGACUGAGUUAAGGGGGCAAUUUGAUGAAAAACUAAGCAGCUUAGAAGACGCUGAGGUAUAUUAUUUAUUAAAUACUUUUGCUAAUAUGGCUCUAGCUAGAAACAGCACUGAUAUGGAUUUCAUUUUCUCCGCUACUUUAGACUUAUUAAAAGUUGGUUUCAUAAGUGAAUCAACACAAGAAAACUGUUCAAAAUCGACACGCAUUUUACUUACUCAUAUUACUUCAAAAUAUCCUCACUUACUGUCUAAUAUUUUGAAAGAAGUGAAGGAUAACAUUGAUAAAAUAGGACCUUUCUCCUUAUAUCUCUAUGAAGAAUUACCCUUAUCUGUUUGGAAAAUCACUGAAAAUGAUUUGGAUAUGAUAUCAAGAUUGUUACUAAACAAUCCGACUUCAAGUUUUGAAAACAAAGUAUCAAGAAUGAUACUUGCUAGAUUAAACUGGGAUGCAAUCCCUUAUGAAAUCCAUUGUGACGUAGCGAUUUUGGUUGUGCAAGCCUUUCUUAAAGAACCAGCAAUAGAAAAUUGGUCAUGGCAAACUAUUUUGAGGCUCAAACUGCACAUAAGCGAUAAAGCUUUUGAAGAAAUCGGUAAAGUUCCGGAGAUGGAACGUUAUGAUGUACUAAUGAAAGGUGUAAGAGAACAAAACUGCUUAGCUAUCUUUGUAACGCUUUUAAUGACUUCCUUGGGUCAUAUGGUACCUCUAAUUUGUACAAAGGGACUUCCGUUACUGCUUUAUCUUCAAUCUCAACAAAAACAUGAAGCAGUACUCUUCGUUCUUUACGUUAUCGUACCGUUAUUUAUAAAUUCACAAGAAUGCAUUAUAAAUUUAGAAAAAUUCCAAGAAAUUUUGAUGAAUAUACUCAACGCUGACAGGGGGUACAUUUCAAUGGCUAAAAGCUUAGUGUAUGCGCAAAACACGGUUUUACAGCAAUUCGGUAAUAUGGUGGAAACCCAAAUCAUGAAUUUUGGUUACUAUAACUUGGAAAGCCCAAGAUGUUUAGUAAGGUUAUGGUGUAACUCGUUGAUUUCCAUACCUGGAUGGAAUAAGGACAUGGGAAUAAUGUAUCUUUUGGAUGUUAUUAUAAGGACGGCGUUCCAACAUUGGGAUGCAGUAGAUGCUGUUUUUGAUAUAUUGAGAACUCAAUCCCAGAGUGGAACACCACAAGAAAACACUGGUACAAUAAGUUCGUUAUUCAAAUGGGUAUCUAGCAAUAAUUCAAGUACUAGCUUGAUAUCAAACUCUCUUUCAACUUACACUUGGCUAGCUUAUAUUGUCAUUUCAGUCGAGCAUGAAGAACGAGAACACAGAACAGGACUUUGGAACAAUAUAUUAAUACAAUUAAGUAAACAGAAAGGAAAAGUAAACGUCGAUCAGGCCAUUAAGAAAGCAUCAAGCUCUUUAAAACUACCAUCAUUCACUUCAGGAUAUUUGUGUAUUUACCGUUGGGCUCAACAAGCUCUAGAUACCCCAUUAGAUCAUCCGCUAUUACCGCUUCUUUGGCAGAAAUUCUUUUGUCUAUACCUAGCACGAAUUCCAAAUCCAAGUAUUGUAGAAAAAUCUUGUGUGGGGGAGAAGUUCUUUGAUGGUUUGGUGAACUUCACCUUCUUCAAAAAGAUAAAAAGGAGAUUACAAGAAACUGUUGAUUAUUUCAGAAAUAAGAUAGACGUUAAAGAUGAAGACAAUACGGAUUUGAAUAAAAACAUUUUUUAUGAGAAAACACAUGGUAUCUUUAAAGCUUUUUCAUUGUGGUUGGAAGAACCGAGACUUCAAGAAAAUAACGUAUUUUUAUUAAACCUACCGCCACAAUACGAAUCUAAAUUUUUGGUUAGGAUAAUGCAAGGAGAAAUGUUACCAUGGAUAGAAUUCCUCGACAUAGAUCAACUGAAUCAAGAACAACAAAACCACAUUCGUAUUUGGCGCGUGAAUAAUUUUCGUGAAAAAACCAACGUAAACAAACCGUUACUGAAUGCUGGAAGUAGAGUAGAAAGCGAAGACCCUAUAGAAAGAAUACUGCGACGUCUUGCUUCUUAUGACAAACCCAAACCGGCUCCAAGCAUAACCCUUUCAGUUCCUGUAGUACCCAACGUUGAAUUCGGUAACAAAGACGAAAUGUUCAAAUCGUUGGAACAAUGUUUCAAGAUAUUAAAACAAUGCGCUCAUAAUCAUAUUUUGAAAUUAUCUGAACAAAAGGCGUUAGAUAGUGCUUAUAAGGAAUUGGUACCACAAUUGUACCGAUCUGUGCUGAAUAGGGUUAAGAAGAAAGUACCUUGUAAAGGUAGAAAUCAGACUGUUUACUGCUCCGGAGCUGCUGAGAUUAUCUUAGAAAUGCAAGAGGCUAGAAUUAAUGAGAGAAUUGAUCAUCAGAUACAGGCUAAUAGGAAUACUUAUGAAUCGUUAUUGGGAAAUGCAUUACAACUUUCUUCUACUAACUUGUGCUCUGCUUCUGUUACAAUACAGAGAACUAUUAAAGAUUUACAAUCUCAACUUUCAUGUAAUCCUGCAACUGCCGAACUUGGCGUGGAACUUUUCUACUAUAUCCUUUCAUUAAUAAAUGAAGAAACCAACUCGUAUCCACCUACCAAAAUUCUAUUUUCAAUGUGUUUAGAAAAACUCGGACAAUCCCAUAUUUGCGGUGUUGAAUAUGAGAUGCCAAGAUUGUUACAAAAAAUAUUGCAGGACUCAAAUUUGGGAGAAUAUCUCGCUCCUCAUUUUUCUCCAUGUAAUGUUGGAACUUCCAAUUUACUUUUAAUGUAUUCGACGAUCUGUAAGGAGAUAGGGCAAAAAUACGACGUUGCAUUCGCACUUCUUUCAAAGUUUGAAAUAGACAAUUGGUUACGUCAAAAAUCUCCGAGAAUAAGUCAACGAUCACAAUUCAUCCAGUCUGUGAUGCAAGCUUUAACUACGUUAGGAAUCAAUCCACCUUUCGAAGCCUUAACUCUUCAUUGUCUUUAUGAAAAACAUUUACUAACGAUUUUCGAAUAUCAAUUUCCGGAACAUUACGGUGAGAUUCUGAUGCAACUCUUGAAGUCUAGUAGCGGAAAUCCCGAAACGAACCUUGUUUCAAUCUCCGUUUGGAUGAGCAUGUUAAAUUUUUUAGCACAACCUGUUGUUUUGAACCUUCAAACUCCAUUAAGGGAUCAACUUCGAAAUUAUGCUCAACAUCAAAAUAUACUCCAACAUCAAGAACUCUUAGAAACCGCCGAACAUCUUGCCAGGCAUUUUACACAAGAACGUCUUCAAUACGGAAUCUACGGUCUGUAUCCUAAAUGUCGUAGUUACAUGGAUGUUUACAUGUUAUUUAUGGGUAUUAUCGGACAUGGAAUAAUUGUUAGUAUGAUAAAUGUACAUCAAGGUCUAUUAGGUGACAGAUUGUGCGAAAAAAUUUGGCCCUUUAUAAGGGAUAUGUUUACUCCUUGGUUAGUACCAUAUUCCAUGCAAAAUCUUAAAGACAAUAUGGCUUCUUGGAUUCAACAGCUUGCAGAUGAUAGAUCCGUAUUACUACCAUGGAUACCAGCAGAUACUCAGUUCGCUCAAAAAAUUCUAAAUUCAUUUAGAGAAUGCAUAUCAUUUGUUAUACAUACAUUACCAGCUUCCAGCAGUAUUUUAAGUUACAUUUGGCAAUGGUACGUUACCUGUUAUGCUCACAAAUCUGUAAAAGAACACAUUCUAAUUUCUGUGCAUAAUACUUUUCUGACAUUUCCUUGGCACAACUUUUGGCCGUCUGUAGUGGAUGUGGAGUUUAUGUUAAAGGUGAUUGAUCAGUACUUACCGGACUGUCAUGCUUUCUUAGGACACAUCUUCAUGGCCGUUCCUUGGACGAACUGGUUGAAUAAUUUGCAGAGUGCUCCAAUUCAACUCAGAAUACGCGUUUAUCAAUGCUUUAUAAAUUUAAUUGUAAAACUUUGCAAUGAACCUAAUGUGAGGAAAAACCAUUGUGAACAAGCUAAAUCAAUAUUGGUACAAGCAGAAAAUUUUGACUGGACCAUUCUAGAUGCUUCCUUUUACCAAUACGUCUUAGACUGGCUUGUUAUGAGCUGUGAUUCGUCUGUGAUCUUCAAAAAUGAUCCUUUAGAUAUAGAUUAUAGAAUUUUACGUUUUCUAAAGAUAGUUUCUAUGUGCAAUGGACAACAAUCGACUAUGUCAUCAGAAACAUUAAACAAAAGACUGAUCUAUGUUAAAACCAAUGUAAAAUUACUCUCUGUUUACGCCAAUCGAAACAAAAAUAACAUUUCUCGCAAAGAACAAGAUAUAUUUCUGUUAAUAAAUCGACAACUCAAUGAUCUUGAACAUAUGGUAACUACAGAACAAGAGAUGUCGUUGCUGUUGAAAGAACUAUUGUGCUGCUUGAAUAUAGAUCAAGUGAAAGUGAUAGUUUUGAAUAGUUUCAUAAAAUGGAUUGAAAAUAAACCUGGAAAUGGGUUGAUUAUCAGGAGUUUACUGACAACUCUAGGUACUGCAGUUAUGGAAUUAGAUAUACUUGCAGAUCUUUUGGAAGUUACCAUUAAUAGCUACUUUGUGAAUACUGUUUCUGAUGAUUUUCAACCAACCUGGCGGGAAAUCGGAGAGCUUUUGAAUAUAUUAGCACCCAAACAAAAAGAAUUACAACAAUUAGCCGUGAAUAAGGGCUGCAUAUUAGCUUUAAAUGCAAUUUUCGUGCAGCUGAUUUCCAAACAUAACAACACUGAAAUUUUAUUGAAUAUGUGCUUAGACUGGAUAAUAAAUGUUAAAAUUAGUGAGGGAACAGAACCAAAGAUGCCCCUGAUAUGGUGUGGAUUUCUUAUGCUAGUCUUACAACACGCCGAAAUAGAUGAGCCGUAUUGCGGUGCAGUUUUAUACAAAUUUUCACAAAUCCUUUUACAGUUCUCAGACGAAAAGGGUCCUAGUAAAUGGGGGAGAGGAUUGCUCAAUGCAAUAGGUCUUACCAAGCAAGCCAACAUUUCUAUGGAUUUCAAAUUUUUAUGUCGAGCCAUAGCAGGAUAUGUAUUGGCUCAAUUACCUGAAAUGAAAGGAGAGCCACAAGUUAUUAGAAAAUUUCCUAAUGCUCCCUCUCGAGUGGGACAACCUGGUGGAAAUUCAGAAUGUGUUAAAAUUUUGAUGACAAUGGAUUUCAAUCAAUCUCAUGGAAAGAUAAAAGAAUGUGCUGAAGUUGCUUUGAAACAGAUCCAAGACUCCAAUAAUUCGUUACACAAUGCGAGGAAGUUUGUGAUGCUUCUCGUAAAACAGUUUUAUACAAAACCCUAUUUGAUUGAUAUCGGCUAGUGAAUAUUAUAGCUUCAUGGGAAUUAUGUUACCAUUAUUUUAUAAAAAGAUUUCCUAAUCAAAAAUUUCUUUUAUUCCUAUAUUCAUAUCUUACUUUUAAAUUGUGAAAUAUUUUCCAGCGGGUUACUUAUUAGUAAUAUAGCUUUUAGAAAGAAUUUUAUAUAAUUACAUUGAAUGUUGCAAUAUGUUAUUCAAUAAAUAUUUUUAUAACCAU